CCAGAAGAAUGAGUUGUUAAAGAUGGAGGAUCAGGUUGAGACGCAGGAUGAGCAGGGGUUCUGGAGCAGAGCACAGAAACCUCUUCCUGUUCAGAGGAUUCUCAAGGAGACAGGACAGAAUAGACGGAACAAACCUACAAUCAAGGUUGCUUCCUCCUCUCCGAAACAGUCCAUGCAUGAUAAGGAAAACGUUCAAGUUCUAACCAAGAUAGCGGAGAAGAGAUUGGUGUCUCUGAGCUCCCGAAACAUGAGUAAGGAAUUGUGUGAGACCAGUGAUUGGGUGGUUCAAGAAGCCUUAUCCAGUACACUUGCAGUACAGCAGUCAUGCUUGAGUACUCCAGAGAGAUUAAAACCGUCCCUAUUCUCUGCAUCCAAUCUUAGUUGCAUCAGCUUACUAGUCAAUGCAUCAAAUUCACCUCAGGAUUGUAACUUAAAAACACCAAAUAGAAGAGAAGGUUUAGUUAAUUCUGGUGUUUUCAGCACCCCUAGUACAGGAACAUCUUGCAGUAAAACCCCGAGCUCAAUUCGGACACCAAACACAGACUCAAGCGGUCACUCUGGUAUUCGAUACAAUCCGUUUGAUAAUCAUCAAACCUAUGAUUCCCUGAAGCUCCCAACCUUGUCUCCGAGCGUGUUUAACGUCGUCCUCUCCCCGUCUAGCGAGGAUACUGUAAACGGAAGGUUCUGGAGCAUAGAACAGCAAGCAGACCUGUAUCCAACUUCAAUAUCGGACGAUUCUCCGUUAAAACAAUCAAUCCGCCAUAAAAACUAUCGAGAGGAGUUGGGAUCUAAGGCCCAGGAACAGAUAGAAAUAUAUUUUCAAAACUAUCAUGAUAUCACCUCCCCUCCAGAACUUGCUCCCACCGGACCUUUAUUGAUAGAAAGCCCGGACGCGUCCUACACCCAUCCGGAGUCAGGGAACUCGUCUAAAUGGACCCAGACCUGUAUCACUCUCCCCCCUGUUCUACCUCCCCAGGUGGAGCAGGUUCUGCGACAGUUUAAUUUUAUCACGGAUAUAUCCGAGGAACCAAACAAUCUGUCCAACUCAACAUUGCGCCGUAAACUGUUUAAUGUUGAUAUGCUGAGCGAUGAGUCCCAACACCAGUCUUCCUCAGAGGAGGAGGAGGAGGAUUCUCCCUGCAAGUUGAUGACUCCAGGAAAAGUCCUAAGAACCCCUGUCACUUCUAAAAGUACUAAUAGCGCUCAAUGGAGUAGUUCUCCUUUGAGAACCCGACUCCGAACCUCGUUCUCCUCUGCGGAUCUCCACUCUCCAAUGUUCUCUCCAAUAGCGAAGGAUCGUGCCUCCCGGAGCCUGAAUCAGUCCGAUGAUGAGGACCUUGAACCUGAACCUUGUAAUAAGCGAGAGUCCACGGUUUCAGGUUUGGACCGAAGUGAGAUGUUCAAAACUGCUGAACUCCUGGUGUUCUCCGAACCUGAUGAUGAGCAAGAUAUUGUGGUGGAUGAGACUAGAUUUUACAUGGAUACAGAUAGUAAUAGUGGAGUAGGUUGGGGUCUAACCCUACCUAGUCUAGCAGAGGAUAGUAAUAUAAAUACAGAGAGUAGAGUAGAUACAGGAUAUACAACCAGUACAAUAUCUUCAAUUCAUCCUUCAAACCUUCAGGAAUCUUCGGUUAACCCUUCUCUGCUGAAUAUGGAUAGUGGUAUGUCGACUAGUCAACAACCAGACCUGACCGUCAGUCUCAUUCUUCCCCAGCAUCAACCACAGUUAUUUAAUCCGGGAUUUAAUCCGCCAGCUAAUCCCGUUCUCAUGUCAUACGCAGCAGAAGCUACCAACGAUAUAUCAGUAGGAUUCCCUUUAGGUUCGUCAACACCCACUAGACGGUAGAUCAAUACCCGACGUACCCUACUCAUUCAAAUAUAUAUAUAUGGGUUAAAAAUAGACCUGAUAACAUGUUAAAUAUACUAUUUUAUAUGGACGACAUUUUGAGUUAUAAAAUACAAAAGGUUCAGAAAAGCUCAUAUUUUCAAAUAUUCAUUCCUUGAGUAAAAACUCCUUAAGAAUUGAAACGAUAAAUUAUCAGUCAAUUCAUUUUCCGGGAGAUUUUAUGUACGCAAGAAUCUACGCCACGUCCUUGGUUUGUUUUUUGAUAUUUUGCAGGAAAAUUCAUACUGUUUGGGAAUGUGAUAGAUGAAACUUUUACGCUUUAUGAAUUAAUUUAGUUAUUUUAAAUUUUUAAGAAAUCAACUCUUUUGUUCCUUUUUCAUGCUUGAACUAUGCUUUAGAAGUGUUAAAUAGGCCUUAAAUUAUGAUGCUAACUAAAAAUGUUCGUUUUAUCAAUGAUUUAUUAGUACUGUUUUAUUCUUCCAAAGGGAAAAUUACUUAUUUUGCUUAGGAUCCAUUUCACUUUGGUGCAAAUCUGGAUCUUGGAACCCUUCAGAGAUAAGGAAAUUUUUUAUUAAUCUCUCCUUUGUUAACAAUUUUUGAUUUGUGUUUUAAGAGGAAAACUUGGUUUUGGUUGAUAUUUGUCUUGGAUCCGGAUCCGUUGUUGCGGACCCACGUAUCUGGAUCCUAAGCACUGGUUUUAAUGUAUGCAUGUAUGUAAAUUCUAAAGCUUUCAAGAUGAAGAUUGAAGAUACAUGCUGUAUAUAGAUAGUUAGAUAUUGUGACCUUUUCUACAAAUGUAAUAGUAAAUUUUGUUUGUUUAUUAACGCUAAACAUAUUAACAUUUAUUUAACUUAAUGUAUUUUGAUAAUCAUGACCCUUUUCAUUUUCCAGUACAAAAUUACAUUUUUCUGAUGAAAUAAAAACUUAUGAAUA